UUUGAUUAAACGUUUAGAAACUGUAUCAUUAGUUGGUUUCACAGAGCGUAGCGGAUUUGAAGUUUUAUGUGCAUCAGUUAAAUUUGCUGAUAGCAUAACGCAUAUUGACACUAAAGAAGUAGAUCCAUUGAUCACCGUAUUAGAAAACUGAUUCUGGACCUAAAUUAAAAUGGGGAAAAUAUCAGCAGAAGCAUCAACCCCAAAUAAAAUUAAAAAAAAACAAGAACAAACCAAAAAAGGAAAAAAAAAACAACCAUGUAAAAAAGUAAAAUGUAAUCUUAAGAAAACAAAAAAUAUCCAAACACCUGAUAGAUCUGUACUAGAACUCAUGACACAGCAUCCUGAUUUAAAACAAACUUUUGAAUAUAUGUUGUAUUCUAAUAAGUAUAAACAUACUUUGACUGAUGUUUUUAAUAUAAUUAAAAUGUUGAUGACCAAAUUAGAAGAAUUACAAAGUCAUAAUAUAGAUAUUCAAAACGUUUUUGAUACGGUUAACUUUAAUUACAAAAUCAGAGGGUUAGUUCAGAGCACUGCCAUUAAUCUUUCUCAUGUUUUAGAGCAGCUAAAUAUAAAUGAAACUAAUUUUUUAAAUUUUGCUCGUUCUUGUAAUUCAAUUUGUAACAUUGAUAAUAAUAAAAAUAUGGAGAAAAGCACAGAAAACAAAAUGUAUGAGCAAAAAAAUUUACCAUCCACUUUUCAAAUAUCUAAUGCUAUUAGAGUUAAAUCUCAUGAUGAAUUAAAUAAUGAUCUUUCAUUAAUUGAAGAAAUUAAAAAUGAAAAUAUUUAUACUAAUACAAUGAAAAAAAUAAGUAUUAUUGGUUCUAAAGAAACUGUAGUAUUAUCUUCAGAUGAUGAAUUAGAAGAAUCCAAAUAUUACAAUAAAUGUUUAAAAAGAAAUGUGUGGGAAGAACCAAAAAAAAGUGAUGCUGAUGAUUUAGAAAGUUAUGCUAUUGGUUCGGAUUUUACUGAUAUUUUAUCUGAUAAUGAUAGCUUUGAAACUGCAAUAAAUACAAAAGAAAAAAGAAAAAAAUAUUUUACUGUGUCUCCACAGAAUAAUAGUUCUCUGACACAAAAAUCUAAAAAAGUGAGACAAAAGAUUCCAGAAGAAGUUAUAAAUGAGGCUAGAAAAUUAGAUAUUCGUCAGAAAAAGCGUUUAAAAGCUCAAAAUACAUUAGUUAUGAAUAUUGUUAACAAAAUUAAACUACGACCACAUGAUGUAGUAUUAGAGUUUGAUGUAGUUAAUCAAAUACCAUCAAUAUGUGUUAAUAAAGAGUUAAGUAAAGUAUUAAAGCCACAUCAAGUAGAAGGAAUAAGAUUUUUAUGGGAUACAGUUUUUGAAUCAAUUGAAAAAAGUAAUUCUACUGAUGGAACAGGUUGUAUUCUAGCUCAUCGUAUGGGAAUUGGUAAAACGUUGCAAGUAAUUGCUUUGAUGUAUACAAUACUUAGUGAACCAAAAUUGAAUAUAAAAACAUUUUUGAUUAUUUGUCCACCAGGACUAAUAUAUAACUGGAUUGAUGAAAUUUAUAAGUGGUUAAAAGAUAUUGAUAAAAGUGAAGUAUUUAAAGUUUAUGAUUUGCCUAAAACUAAUAAAUUAUACAACAUAACAAAUAUAGCUACAUGGAAAUCAAAAGGAGGCGCCCUAGUAUUGAGUUAUGAAAAUUUUAAGUCUUUAGUUAACUGUAAUCAAAGAGAUUUACGAGAAGCAUUUUCUCAUACUUUAAUUAAUCCUGGACCUGAUGUUGUUAUUUUAGAUGAAGGGCACUAUAUAAAAAAUACUCAUACAAUAUUAUUAAAAACAUUGUCACAAAUAAGAACAAAAAGAAGAAUAGUGUUAACUGGAACACCUAUGCAAAAUUCUUUAAAAGAAUAUUAUACUUUGGUUGAUUUUGUAAAACCAAACAUACUUGGAAACUUCGGUGAUUUUGCCUUAACUUUUAUUAAGCCCAUUGAUUCUGGGCAAUUUAUAGAUUCCAGUGAUGACGCUGUUAAAUUGAUGAAAGAAAGGACUUUUAUACUACAUAGACUUUUGCAAAAUACAGUACAUCGUAUUGACGAUAAAAGUUUAACAAGUCUAUUCACAGAAAAAGUUGAAUACACUGUGGAAAUCAAUAUGUCAGAGUUUCAACGUGAAUUGUAUGAAAAAUUUUUACAUUAUGAUCAAAAUUUUAAUGAUAGAACUAAUGUAUUUUGGCGUUUACAUGUAUUAACUUUGAUAACAUUGCACCCUCUAACUUUAUAUAGACUUAUACGCCUAGAAAAUUAUAGACAAUCAUCAGAUCAAGGAGUAACUGUGUUAGGUGAGAAGUUAAGAAAAGCCUUACAAUGGAUUAAUGACUAUAAAGAUGAUUCAAGAUUUUUCGAAGCUAAGCAAAGUAAUAAAAUAACUUAUGUUUUGGCAAUGAUAGAGGAAUGUGAAAAGAGAAAUGAAAAAAUGUUAUGCUUUUUGAAAUCUCCACUAGCUAUGGAUGCUUUGGAAUAUUUUCUGCAAAAGGAGAAAAAUUGGAUAUUAGGAGAGAAAUAUUUUCGAAUGGAUGGUAAAACCCCUGUAACUAUAAGAAAUCAAAUGUGUGAAGCUUUUAAUAAUUCAGAAAAUUCUUCCAGAGUUUUUAUUUUGUCUAUGGGUACUGGAGGACUUGGAUUUAAUAUGGUAGGAGCUAAUCGUGUGUUACUGCUCAAUGCCUCUUGGAAUCCAAGUGUUGAUAUUCAAGCCAUCUAUAGAUGUUUGCGUUUUGGACAAUCUAAAACAGUUUAUGUAAAUAGAAUAUUAGCAAAAGGAACUGUUGAGCCUAAAGCUUACUAUCGACAAAUUUCUAAACUUGGAAUUAGUAGUAGUGUUGUUGACAUGCAACAUGUUUACAGACAGAUUUCUUCUAAUCAAAUUAAUGAUUUAUUUGUUUUUGACUCGUUUCAUUUUAAGGUUCAUUAUUCUCUAGUACCAAAUACCAAAGACCCUGUUUUAAAUCAGUUAAUUAGAAAUAAUUUAGACUGUAUAUAUAAUGUUCAGGAACAUGAUUCAUUACUUGUAGAAUCUGUAGAAAAUCAUUUAACUAGUGAAGAAAAGAAAGCUAUUUGGUUGGCAUUUAAAAAUAAUGAGUUAUGUUCAAAAAAUAAAUUUCCACUUAAUCUUCAAGAUGUUGAACAGCCUAAAAUGUUAUCAACAUUAAUAAUGGAUAGUGGAAUACCAGAGCCUAAUGAUACAUCAAGACAUAGUAUUUCACAAAAUGUAACUAACCAAAAAAAUCUUCGUAAUUAUUUCAAUAAUAAAAAUACUUUAUCUCAUUCUCAUAAUUCUUAUGAUAAUCAAAAUGUACCAAGUGAAAUCCAAGACAAUUUUACAUCACAGAGCAAUGCUAAUCAAAAUAGUCAUCAAAAAAUUUUUAAUAAUAAAAAUUGUUUGUCUCAUAUUUCAUAUAAUAGUGAAAGUAGUGCAUCUACUAAAACUCAAAAUAAGCUAAAAUGUAGCAAAUUAAAUACAAUGCGAGAAACAAAUUAUUCAAAAAAAAACUUUUCUGUUGUGGAUGAACCUAUACAAAAUCAGUUUAGACAUUUUCAAAAUAAAACUUUUAAUAAUCACAAAAGAUUUCCAAGAUUUGAUAAAAGGCAAACACCAUAUUCAAAAGCACAAACUAGAAACAUAUCUAAAACCCAAAAUAUAAUUAAUUCUUCCCAUGUAGAAUUUAACCAGUAUUUAGAAGCAAAUACAGAAUCAACGAACAGACAUAACUAUAAACAAAAUUCUGAGGAACAUUACUCAUCAGAUAUGUUAAAUCAAAAUGAAUCAUUGGAACAGAAUAACUAUUACCAUAGACGUGGAAAUCAAUAUUCAAGGUAUCACCAUUAUCCUCAGUUCAAAAAUAAUAUUUGCAAUCGCUCUGGUAAUUCAAGAUAAAUAAGACUGAAUGAAUGUAUUAUAUUUUACUGUUUUAUAUUUUAUAAUCUAUUUUUAAAUUAUUUACUUAAUUUUUAAGUAUCAUGUAUAUAGUUUUAUGGAGUACAAUUAUUUCUGUUAGUAUAUAUUGUUUAACAUUAUUGCAUAAUAACUGUUAAUUUUAUGUAUAAAGGUUAAAUUAUGUAUUUAUGUAUAGUUGUUAUUUUAUUAAUAUAAAAUCUACUAUAUUUUA